AUGCCUCCCAAACCUGAAAUACGUCGACUGCUCAAACAACAACGCUCUGAACGACAAAAGGAGAAACGAGUCGAACAUCCAUUUGCAAAGUACAAUGAGCAGGAUCAGUUGGUAUGCGUCGUCUGCAGCCAAGUAGUGAAAUCAGCAUGGCCGGUCCACUUGACAUCGUCAACACACAAGCAAAGCAUUGCGCGUUUGAAGGCUGUCAAGCAGCAACAGCAACAGCAAUCUUUAAAGAGAUCAGCACCCGAAGAGCCCCCUGUUUCAAGUAGUAAACGGCCACGGCAAGAAGAAGAAGAGGAUGAUGUUAUGGCAGAGGAAGACGAGGAGGAAGAUACCAACAAUCAACUACCUGCAGACUUUUUUGAUAAUGCACCUGGUGAUGCUACAGUGAAUGAGCAUGAGGAUGAGGAGCAGCAGGAAACAUCAGUGCAAGAACAACAACAACAACCAACAACGAAUAAUGAUGACCAGCAUGAAGUUGCCCAUCAAAUGGAACACAACCUCCCACAAGGUUUCUUUGAUAAUCCUGAUGAAGAAGCACGUGCACGUCGAGAAGCUCCUCCUGCAGAACAACUUGAGAACCGAAUUGAACAAGAUUAUGCCGAAUUCCAACAACUCAUGGCAGAUACCGCUAUUGAAGCUGACAAGGCACAAGAUGUGGAGGAUGAGGAACUUUGGCAAGAUCGAGAUGAUGACAUCUUUCGACAGCAGGCUGUAUUGGAUGAACGUGUGGCUAAACUCAAAGCGAUGCGUGAACGUGGUCUUCGCCCUUCAGCUGCCAUGGCCGUGGAUGAUGAUGAGGAGAAUGAACAAGGGACAUCAACAGCAACCGAGACUGUGGCGUACGAUGCUAACGAAAAAGCCAUUCGCGAUCAAAUGAAAACCGGUGUACGGAAGCUAUUGCAAAAAUCAUCCAACAAAGCAGCACAAAGUAUAUUUGAUGACAUGGAUGAGAGUGAUGAGGACGAGGACGAGGAAGAUGAUUGGCGAGCACAGCAAUUGUAA